AUGGACGGCCUCUCGAUUGCGUCGGCAGUUGUAGGACUGCUGCAAGCUAGCCUCAAGAUCAUCGGCUUCGUCUCCAAGGUCGCCGACGCCCCAAUCAUCGCUCGCGACCUGCUAGUCGAAGUCCGGGCCAUGCGUAUAAUCCUGCACCAGCUCCAUACAUUCAUCGACAACUGUAGCGAUUACGACGACUGUAGCGAUUACGACGAAGACGAUAGAUCUCAAGUCGACCUCGAAGACCUCGUCACUAUCCUGACCGGCUGCGUCUGUGCCUUCUCCGAGCUCGACGCCGUGUUGGAUCGCUAUCCCACCGGCGAUGAUCCCCGGUUUGAUCUGUGGGACCGAGUGAGAUGGGCGACAAAGGAGAAAGAACUCACUAGGAUUGUGCGCAACCUCCAAUCCCACAAGACUUCAGUGAGCGGAUUGCUCUCGAUCGUCACGGCGAAACAAGCAUCUACCGCAAGGAAACAGGCUCGGUUGGCGAGGGAGGACCUGAAAUCACUGGUGGCUAUUUUAUUAUCAGUUCCAACCCUUUCAGAGCGCAUGGCCUCUUUUGCGACCCCUUCCAUGGCAAAUCACCCAUCCUCUAUCUUCACGGAGUCACCUUCUGGACCUCGCGGUGCCCCUACCAGCUUCUCCCGAGUUUGUCGUGGGAAGAAGUGGCUCCUCACUUUUCACGAGGUCGAGAGGCCGUUGUCCACAUUCCUGUUGACAUGCGAGCCAAUAUUGGCCAAGACUUGGGUGUACCAAAAGGCAGCUAGAAAUGCUUCAACCCAGAGUUUAGACACCAUCCGCACUACAGGCUCAGGCUGGUCGCAGUUCAGCGGGGUGAGUCUGGACAAAAUGUCGAAUUUGUCGGUCAUCCGUCUACCCGUAUACGCCGUCGAACUCGUCAAUGGGGAUGUGUACCAACAGGGGCAGAUCCGGACGUUUGACUCGAGUGUCGCCACCAAGACGGCAAGUCCAAGACCACUGCCCAUUCUUCGGGAACGCAGCCAGAUGUUCAGCUCAGCUAUCCGGCAUCGCCUACGAUCCGACCAAGAGCGGGUAUCACUUUUACUGUCCGCUGCUCAGAAGGGUGACACUACUACCAUAAAUGUCUUGAUAAAGCGUAUCGGUGUCGAUAAGGAAGCCCGCGAUCAUAGACAAAGGACAGCCUUAUACUUGGCUGCUUUAACAGGACAUCUGAAUGCUGUACGUCACUUACUUGAACACGGCGCCAAAAUCGAGACCAGAGAUGUGCAGAAUGGGUCUCCGCUGCAUGAAGCUGCAUCAAAUAACCAUCAGGAUAUCGUACGUCACCUGGUCGAGUCCGGUCCCAAACUAAACGUCCAAAACAUCUAUGGUCGGGCUCCGUUGCGUGAAGCUGCAUCGGAAGAACAUCUGGAAAUCGUACGUCACUUGGUGGAUUCUGGUGCCAGCGUGAAGCCCCAAGACAUCGCUGUUCAAACUCCGCUGCGACACGCUGCAUCGGAAGGCCAUCUGGACAUCGUACGUCACCUGGUGGAGUUCGGUGCCAACGUGGAGACCCAAGAUAUCAAUGGUCGAACUCCGCUGGAAUACGCUGCAGCGAAAGGCCAUAUGGUACAGCUCGGUGCUAACUUAGAGGUCAAAGACGACAAUUGUCAAAACUGGCUGUAG